CCUGAAAGGGGCGGGGCCAGCUGUAACGUUAGCAACCACGCAGAACGGCGAAGAGCGGCUGACGUUUCUUCACAGCAAGUGAAUCCAACAACCCGAAUCUUUUUAAACAUUUGAGUGGAUCUUAUCUCAUUUUCGAGGAUUGUCGAUAUUUUAACGUGAAGCUCCCGUGGGCUGAGCGAUGCCAUUGGCCACCAGCUGCGACUGCCCCCACCUGGACUGUGUGGGGGAGAUUACCAAGGAAGAACUGAUCCAGAAGUCCCAUGGCCAGUGUCAAGACUGUAAAGUCGGAGGACCCAAUUUGUGGGCGUGUUUAGAGAACGGCUGUGCUUACGUAGGCUGCGGAGAGUCUCACGCUGACCACAGCACGGGACACUCGCAGGAGACAGGCCACAACCUGACGGUGAACCUGACCACACUUCGAGUGUGGUGUUACGCCUGCGGCAAGGAGGUGUUCCUGGACCGUAAACUCGUCCCUCAGCCCCUGCAGUCCAGCAGCAAGCUCCUCCCCCCCUCUCCGAUUGCGGCUCAGACACACAACAGGGCUGCCGUGAGCCCCUCCUCGCUCCGAGUGUCCCCAAAUGGUGUCUGCGAAGACCUGGACAUGGAGACCGAGGAAGAGGACGACAUCCGAGCUCGAGGCCUAACGGGACUAAAGAACAUCGGCAAUACGUGCUACAUGAACGCCGCCCUUCAAGCCCUGUCCAACUGUCCGCCUUUGACGCAAUUCUUUCUGGAGUGCGGUGGCCUGGUGAGGACGGACAAGAAGCCUGCGCUCUGCAAAAGCUACCAGAAGCUGGUGUCUGACCUUUGGCACAAGAACAGACCCUCCUAUGUGGUCCCUACUAGUCUGUUCCAGGGAAUUAAAGCCAUAAACCCAAUGUUCAGGGGAUAUUCUCAGCAGGACUCGCAGGAGUUUCUGCGCUGCUUGAUGGACCAACUUCACGAGGAGCUGAAGGAGAUACUACCAGAGCCGUACGAGCAGUCCAGCGACAUUACGGUAGGCGACUGCCCGGAGCAGGACAACCGUAGCCAGUCGGACAAUGACUUCCAGUCGUGCGAGUCGUGCGGCAGCAGCGAGCGGGCCGAAAACGAGGCGCAGCCCGCCAGCAUGCCGUCAGACAACGAGAUGGAGAUGCUGAUUCCUGAGCAAGACGACAUCCAGGCCAAUAGGGAGUGGCAGAAAGAGAAGAACAUGAUCAAUGACAUCUACCGCUGCGGCGUUAACGAUGUCAUGGAGGACAACAGCGCAGGGGACAUGGACAAGGAUGUGGACACCACCACAGAGACCAACCCCAUCAUCAGCAGUCAGGGACACAUUAAGGUGCAAAGCAGGACAUCAGAAUCUUUUCCAGACAUCCAAAUAUCCAAACUCGCAAGACCCCAAAGCCCAGUGCCCAUGGAGGGGCACAUUUCCAAAAUAUCCACCAGUCCACCCAAAGCUUCCUCUGUCUGGCCUUGCCUCAACGCCGCACACAAGAAAGCAGUGAGCACGUUCUCCCCAUCGAAGAGCAAGUGUCAAAAGAAAUACCGCAGCGUCAUCUCGGACGUCUUUGACGGGACCAUUGUGAGCUCCGUGCAGUGCCUCACCUGCGAUCGGGUGUCCGUCACAUUGGAGAACUUCCAGGAUAUCUCCUUGCCCAUCCCAGGCAAGGAAGACCUGGCCAAGCUCCACUCGUCCACCCACCAGACAUCUCUGGUGAAAGCCGGCUCCUGCGGGGAAGCGUACGCGGCGCAGGGCUGGAUAGCUUUUGUCAUGGAGUACAUCAAGAGCUGGUUCUGGGGUCCAGUGGUGACGCUACAAGAUUGUCUGGCAGCCUUCUUUGCCAGAGAUGAGCUGAAAGGAGACAACAUGUACAGCUGUGAAAAAUGCAAGAAGUUACGAAAUGGAGUCAAGUUUUGCAAAAUGCAAAGCUUGCCAGAGAUCCUGUGCAUCCAUUUGAAGCGCUUUCGGCACGAGUUGAUGUUCUCCACCAAGAUUGGCACCCACGUUUCCUUCCCCCUAGAGGGCCUGGACCUGCAGCCCUUCCUGACCAAGGAUAGCUCGGCGCAGACAGCCAACUACGACCUGCUGUCGGUCAUCUGCCACCACGGCACUGCCAGCAGUGGCCACUACAUCGCCUACUGCAGGAACAACGUCAACAACCUGUGGUACGAGUUUGACGACCAAAGUGUCACAGAGGUCUCCGAGUCUUGCGUCCAGAAUGCUGAGGCUUACGUGCUCUUCUAUAAAAAGAGCAACGAGGACGUGCUGAAGGAGCGUAGGAGGGUGUCGGGCUUACUCGACAUGAUGGAGCCCAGCCUCCUGCAGUUCUACAUCUCCCGCCCGUGGUUCAACAAGUUCCAGACAUUUGCAGAGCCGGGGCCUAUUUCCAACGACGACUUCCUGUGCACGCAUGGAGGAGUACCGCCCAACAAAGCGUCCUACAUUGACGACCUGACCGUAAUGCUGCCUCAGAACGUGUGGGAUCACCUUUACAGCAGGUACGGCGGAGGACCAGCUGUCAAUCACCUGUACGCCUGCCACACAUGCCAGAUUGAGAUAGAGAAGCUGGAGAGGCGGCGCAAGUCAGAGCUAGACAUGUUCAUCCGGCUGAACAAGGCGUUCCAGGAGGAGGAGUCUCCAGUGGUCAUAUACUGCAUCAGCAUGCAGUGGUUUCGCGAGUGGGAGGGUUUCGUCAAAGGCAAAGACAACGAUCCACCAGGACCCAUUGAUAAUUCCAAGAUAACGGUGAACAAGGGUGGCCAUUUAACACUCAAACAAGGGGCAGACUCUGGCCAGAUCUCAGAGGAGACGUGGAACUUCCUCCACGCCAUCUACGGCGGCGGACCCCUGGUGACUGUGUGGCCCAACGUGGGCCACCAGGAGACCGAGACGUCCCAGUCGGAGGAAAAGAUCGAGAUGGAGACACGCUCCCUCUAAGGCGGCAAGUCCAGCCAGAAGGGAAGGGGUGAUCUUUUUUUUAAUUUUACUUUGCACUUGACUUUCAUUUUGAUCAAUGAAGCUAAAAGGGACCUCUUCGUCUCCAAGAAGGAACCGAGCUUUGUGGCGUUGUACAGAAGUCUGUAAAAAGAGCUACCGGGUUUUUAUUAGCACUGUAGUCAGCUUGUUUUCACAAUAUUUUAAAUGUGUGCAGCUAAGAAGAAAAAAUAUCCACUGAAUGCCAUAAUGCGAUGUUAUUAUCGUUAUUAUUUUGUCUGUUCUUGUUGAAGCAAAUGAGCACAUAGCACACGUUUUUUUUUUGGCGAUUUGUUAUUGCGCAUCGUCACAAUAUGUCUUGCUGUUGUAUUAUAGCCAUGUCCAAGGAGGGAAAGAGUGAGACUGAUCAGAAGGGACUAUUUAUUAUUAUGAUUAGUCUCAGGAAUUACUUGUUGUGCUCGGUCACGCUUGAAUGUACUGAUGUAGUUUGUCGAUUAAGACUCAGCACUUGGUUAUUUAUCACGGAAAGAAGGGGGAAUUUACAGUUUUGUAUCAAAAAGGUAGCUUCACGAUGCAUGCUUUUAACAUUUAAAAACAAAAAUCUCAUGCAGCUCCUUGUAAAUGCUAAAAGUGCACGACCCAUGCCACUCAAUGGGAGUAAACCAGUGGUUCUUAACCUGGGUUCGAUCGAACCCUAGGGGUUCGGUGAGUCGGGCUCAGGGGUUCGGCGGAUACGGCAACAGCAGAAGUCACACUGAUUUGCAGGUGUGUAAUUUGUUGUUAAUUUUUGCACUGUGUUGGUUUUGUUGUUUGAACAAGGUGAUGUUCAUACACGGUUCAUUUUGUGCACCAGUAAUAAAACAUGGUAACACUUUAGUAUGGGGAACAUAUUCACCAUUAAUUAGUUGCUUAUUAACAUGCAAAUUAGUAACAUAUUAGCUCUUAACUAGUCAUUAUUAAGUACUUAUUAAUGCCUUAUUUUGCAUGGCCUUAUUAUAACCCUAACCCUCUAACCCAGGCCUGGGCAAUUAUUUUGACUCGGGGGCCAAAUUUAGAGAGCAUAUGUGUCUGGGGGCCGGUAUAUCUGAUUUUUAGAAACACUAAUACAAAACCUCACAAUAAUGUCUGAAUGUUAAAAACUUUAUGACAGACCACCUUAAAAAAACGGAAUGGCAUUUAACAUUUUUUUACUGAAUGAGACACCCAGAAUGUAUAUGAAAAUAAAAAAUUUGAGAUUUACAAUAUUAACUAUGAAGGAUAAAUCACUGAAUAUUGACAACAUAUGAACGUCACACCCACUCUCCAUCCACAUAUUUUACAAUUAAGCGAAAUGCAACAAAAAUAUGAACGCAAACCCACCUACAAUCUGAUAGAUCACUAAGCUUUAGAACUUUGUUGUAAAAAUCUCCUUCCCUGACACCCGCAUUUCAACUAAUUAGAUGACCAUAGUAACUAAUUAGAUGACCAUUGUAACUACUGUAUCAUGCAAAAGCGCAUAUUCCAACCAUUGAAAUACUUUGUAUAGUUCAAGACUUACGGUCAUUAGAAAACAUCACUGCACAUCAUAAUGGCAGCUACACUUUCCAUCUUAAAGACCUAAAAAAAUGAUUUGGGAAUGUCCGGCGGGCCAAAUUGAAAAGCUUAACGGGCCACAUAGCCUUAAUUAUCCCAGGUCUGCUCUAACCCUAACCAAAUAACUCUAAAUUAAGUCCUUUGUUACUUAGAAUAUGUUCCCCUAGUGUCCAAAAAACUCUAAAUUAAGUAUUUUUUACUUAGAAUAUGUUCCCCAUACUAAAGUGUUACCAAAAACAUAUAACUUUGUCUUGAAUUUGAAAAAAAAAACAAUUUAGUUUUCACUAAAGAAGGGUUCGGUGAAUGCACAUAUGAAACUGGUGGGGUUCGGUACCUCCAACAAGGUUAAGAACCACUGAAUUAAGGGCAUUUUUUGGCGUCUGGGCACUGCUGCUGCAUAUUGGAACGGGAUGCUGUCAUCUUUAGGCGUCAGCGUAUGGACCAGUAAGGAGGAUCGAUUCUGAUUUUUUUUGCCUCGCACAAUUAAAACAAAAAACUUGAUGAAACCCUAAUGCAUGUGUGGCACUCUUAUUGUUCACCCCCACCACCCACCCACCGCUCUUCUAUGGUAAUGCUGAAACAGAACGAGAAUUACUGUAACAUAUUAUUUUCGGGCCUCCCUAUGUCUAGCAUUAAAAGACUACAGUUGGUACAAAAUGCGGCUGCUAGACUUUUGACAA